UAACAGUCGUAAAAAAUCGGCGAUCCCACUCGUCUGAGGGAAAAUCGCCAGGCGAGCGAAAUGUGCAAUCCCACACACUCUAUCUGUCUGUAACCAUCAUUGCUGGUCCUUCCUCCAUCUUUCUGUUUUUGAGCUUUUUGGAGAAAGAUUCUAAUCUCCCUGCUGAGCUCCAAAGCUUCCGAUUCUUUUUAAGAUUUUACCCGUCACCGUCGCCUUCCUGCCACUCUGGAAACUUUGCCUUCCUCAUUCCUUUCUCUUUUCCAGAGUUGCCAAGGGACAAAUGUUAUAACAGUGAAAAGGACAAAGAAAGAGAGAGAGAGAUCUGAUUGUGGUUUAAAGAGAUGUACAGAACUCCGUUGCCUGCCCAGCUCUCUGAUUCCAACCGCUGUGCCGUCGACAUCAAUGUCACCAACCUUCGAGCCUAUCAAGUUUGGAAAGGAAACAAUAGAUUUUGCCUUGGAGGUAGACUUAUAUUUGGUCCAGAUGUCAGGUCAAUCUUCCUCACAAUAUCUCUAAUUGUGAUCCCAGUUAUUUUAUUUUGCGCUUUUGUUUCUCAAAGACUCGUUCACGUAUUCGACCACCAUCUUGGCAAUCUCAUUGUAGCUAUUUUAAUUCUCUUAACUGUAUAUGAUCUUAUUCUUCUGCUUCUCACUUCUGGAAGAGAUCCUGGCAUGAUUCCUCGAAACCCGCAUCCUCCAGAACUAGAGGAAGAUGGUUCCACUAUGUCUGCGGAUUGGCCAGGGUGUCAGAGCCGUGUUGGUGUUCCAAGUAUACCACCUACAAAAGAUAUUGUCGUUAAUGGGGUGAUUAUCAAGGUUAAAUACUGCCAAACGUGCAUGUUAUACCGCCCACCACGUUGCUCACAUUGCUCUAUAUGCAAUAACUGUGUGGAGCGUUUCGAUCACCAUUGUCCAUGGGUGGGGCAAUGCAUUGGGAAGAGAAAUUAUAGAUUCUUCUUCAUGUUCGUGUCUUCCACAACCAUACUAUGCCUGUACGUUUUUGCCUUCUGCUGGGUAAACAUUAAGAAAAUAAUGGAUCAAUAUCACUGUAAUCUCUGGAUAGCAUUCUUGAAGUCCCCUGUUUCAGGGCUUCUUAUACUAUAUACAUUUCUAACUGCUUGGUUUGUUGGAGGCCUCACUGUGUUUCAUCUCUAUUUGAUUUUUACCAACCAGACAACGUAUGAGAAUUUUCGGUAUCGUUAUGAUUCAAAAAUGAAUCCUUAUAAUCGUGGUUGUGUUCGCAACAUUUUUGAGAUUUUUUUCUCCAAAAUUCCCAAGUCUAAAAAUAACUUCAGGGCAAAGAUCAAGUUAGACACAUCUUUCUUUGCUGCCUCAAUGUCCUUGGCUCGAACCAUGAGCCCAGAGAUGCCAAAAGCAAGCUUUGACAUAGAGAUGGGAAAGCGGCAAGCUGUUGCUGCUGAGGACUUUGAAGAAAUACACAGCCAGAUUGAGAAUGUUGGUGGAUUGGAGAGGUGUGGAACACAACCAAGGCACACAAACCAGGGUGACAAAAUCAACUGGGAGAUCUCACCUGAUAUACACAUGUUGGCUAAUGAGUUUGGAAUGGAAGACAGUUUCAAGGCUAGAGAGAAAGUUCGCAGGGGCCAAUGAAGCUGGUUUCACCUAAAUUAUAGUCAGAAAGCAUAGUAAUUAUCUCCUAGCCUACUUGAAAUUUGCCAACCCAGCUGAUCGAAAUUGGCAACUGAAUAAUGUCGCCAAGAUAUUAAUCCAUCAGAAUGUUGUUUUUACGCUUUAUUUGUCUCUGAUAGGGAGGAAGAUUCUCGUCUGGCUAAGGUGUGCAGGGUUAAUGUUGUAUAUCAUACUGCUUUGAUAGAUGCUUGGGGUAAGUUUUGUGUUAUAAUAAUGUGUUCGUUUGUGAGGAUCUGGGUGGGUGUUUAUAAUUGAUUGGAUUUGUGAAGGUUAAAUUAAAUCAUCAAUGGUAGAAAGGUUUCUUUAAAUGUAGAUAGAGCUCGGGUCUGUUUCCCUACUUUUCUUGUACCUUUUAGGCCUGAACCCACCCUUGCAGAAACUUGCUUAAACUCUCAUGGUGGUGGUAUCAGUAAUUGUUUCCAGAGUUUCCUGAAAACGAGUUUUUAGUAAAAGAUUUCUUUCUGGAUUGAAAUGGUCAUUGAUCAUGGCAAGGGUGUGACUGACUUCAACAUAAGUCUUCGUGGUCCAUUCUUCUCUUGUUGGUUGUUUAUCUGCGAGAAGAACUUUGCAAAGGGUGGAGGUGUGGUGAUUUUUACUUUUGAUACAGUUCCCCUAUGUAUUUAUAUAAGGUGGAGCCUUGGUCUUGGAGGGCAUAAUCUUUCUUUUCUAUGAACUGCAGAAACACAUGUUUCAAAAUGAGGAAUUUGGAAGUGCUGUCGAUCAGAAUGCGAAUAUGAAUUAUUAUUAUUAUUAUUGACUAAAUUGGUAGCAACCAUAGAUUACAUCAUUUCACUUGACUGCUAAAUCUGAUUAGCAUGGUUAUUUCUUUCCGAUUAUAUUAACCAACAUUGAAAUGAGAACAGUUUGCUCUUUCUGGAAAAAGCAGUCUCAAUGUUACAACAUCAGUAAUAACUCAAAACUGGAAUUAGUUCAGUAGUUCACCAGUUUGAACGCAAAUUGUUCAAGCUUAGCUGCCCAUUGGAGUCCC